AUGUCGAACAAGAAACGAAGUCGAGUUAAGAAUGAGGAUGACUUCGAUCCAAGUAGUUGGGAGUGUACAGUUUGCACAUUCAGAAAUCGAAUUGAAGCAUUCAAAUGUGAAAUGUGUGAUACAAGGAAAGGUACUUCUACAAGAAAGCCUCGGUUGAAUCAGAAUGUGGUACAGCAUCAUACUGUUGUUCAGAAUUUCGUUGUGCAGCAAAGUUUGGCUGAAAAACCACGGCGUAAGAUAGGCCGUCCGCUGGUCAAUUCCUCAUCGAAUUCACGCCAUUCGCCCGAAAGCACCUCAUCAGGUUCAGCAGUCACUAAAACAGCGACACGUAGCAAAAGUAGUAAUAGAAAGGUUGGGCAUCGAUUUAUGGUGGUUCCCUUGAGAGAUUCGUUAAUUAUUCGAUCGUCAGCGAAGAAGCAUUUGAUAACGAUAAAAGGCGUCACUGCAACAAUAAUUGAGUUUAAACCACGAAUUGGAUCCGAUAGCAGUGAUAGAAAACCGAAUGGAACCCGAAGUAAUAGUCAUAAAGCCAACACACCACCGUCCAAAGAUACGUCAACCUGA